GUCAUCUAGUUGCGAUUACAUUAGAUAUUGAACGUUGCUGCAAUUGUAGUUUUGGGUAGUUGCGCUACAGUAACCGGAAUAGGCUUAUAAGCGGCCAGAAUGGACUUCAAAAGACCUUUGGCUGGAGUAACCUCAAUGUCGAUGGUUCCUUUGCCUAGCAAGAAACCUCGAAAAGAUGGUUCAAGUUUGGGAGUCACCCCAUUUGGCAAUGGGAUGUACAAGUUAAAUUCCCAGAUCAUACCAGCAGGACAGGCGGGAAGUAUUCCCCGUACAUCAAGUUUACUGUCACCUAAUAUGCUUUUAAAUGGUCAUGAAAGUGAAGUGUAUUGUGGCAAAUUUUCUUCUGAUGGAUCGUUUCUCGCAAGUGCUGGAUUUGAUCACCGGAUACUAUUAUGGGAGACGUAUGGUGAAUGCGAAAAUAUUGCAACGAUGAUGGGUCAUGGGGGUGCUAUUUUGGAUUUAGUGCUUUCUUCAGAUGAUUCCGUCAUCUAUACUGCCAGUUCAGAUAAAUCUAUCGCCUUAUGGGAUACUGAAAGUGCCCAACGCAUUAAAAAGUUCAGAGGUCAUGAGAACAUUGUUAAUUCAUGUGCAGUUGCCAGACGUGGUCCUCAACAUGUGUGUUCCGGUUCGGAUGAUGGGACAAUUCGUCUGUGGGAUCGGCGACAAAAAACCUGUGUACAAACAUUUCAAAACACAUAUCAGGUUCUUUCAGUUACUUUUAGUGAUACUGCUGAAAUGAUAUUUUCCGGGGGCAUAGACAAUGUUGUUAAAGGUUGGGAUUUACGAAAAUUGGAAGCUAGCAUGCUACUUAAUGGACAUACGGACACAGUUACUGGUUUGUCAGUAAGUCCAGAUGGGUCGUUUUUACUUUCUAACUCCAUGGACAACACAUUACGUAUGUGGGAUAUUCGUCCAUUCGCUUCAGCAGAUCGGUGCACAAAGAUUUUUACGGGUCAUCAGCAUACAUUCGAGAAGAAUCUUCUUCGAUGUGCAUGGUCAAUUGAUAAUCGUCGUAUAACUAGCGGCAGUGGUGAUCGUUAUGUUCAUGUUUGGGAUGUAAACACGCGCCAGUUAGUGUAUAAACUUCCUGGUCACACAGCGUCGGUAAACGAGACUGCAUUUCAUCCUACAGAACCAAUACUUUUAUCUGUUGGUAGUGAUAAGAAAAUCUUUCUGGGUGAAAUUUUGCCUUGUAUGUAUUAGAAUUAUACAUUUUUUGAUAAAACACUAAUUUUUCUGUAUAAAACGAAGUAAAUGUAUGCAAUAUACUCCUUGUUGUGUUAUUGUAUAAAUCAAUAUGAAUAUGACAGUCUUGUAUAAUUCUAUUCAAAAUUCAUCAGAAAUAAAAGUUAUUCCGAUUGUUUGUUGUUAC